AUGCUGCGCACGGGCCAGCUACGCAUGGACCAGCACGCACAGCCUGCCCUCAUCUUCCCUUCCUUCAAUAUCACCAAGAAAGGUGGUCCACUUGAGCCCAUUACCUUCAACUGGAAGGACCCACAGCCUGGGGAGAUUGUCGUGAAGGUCCUCGCGUGUGGUGUGUGCACCAGCAUCUGCAAUGACGAGGCUGCGAAGCACCAGGAGUGGCCUGCGGUGAAAUACCCUAUUGUUCCCGGUCAUGAGAUCGUCGGCGAAGUCGCGGCUAUCCCGUCCACCGAAUCGAAGUGGAAGCUAGGCCAGGUCGUCGGCAGCGGCUGGCAUGGCGGUCACUGCCACCUCUGUGCCACCUGCCGUGUCGGUGACUACAUGAUGUGCGAAAAGCAAGAUGUUAACGGAAUCCUGCGUCACGGAGGGACGGAGGCUGUCUGUGCGGUGCCCGAUGGCAUGGACCCUGCAGAAGUCGCACCUCUUUUCUGCGCAGGUGUCACCAUGUUCAACGGCUUGCGCAACAUGUCUGCCAGGCCGCCGGACUACGUCGCAAUCCAGGGCAUUGGCGGUCUCGGCCACCUAGGCAUCCAGUUCGCCAAGGCCAUGGGAUACCGCCCCAUCGCCCUCUCUUCCUCGGACGCGAAGGAGGAGCUCUCGAAGACGCUCGGCGCUGAGGUGUAUGUUGACGGCUCCAAGGUCGACCAGGCGGAGGCCCUGCAGGAGCUCGGCGGGGCGAAGCUCAUCAUGUGCACCGCGCCGAACGCGGACGUCAUCCACACGCUGCUCCCGGGGCUUGCCGUCGGCGGUGAGCUGUGCGUCGUCGUGCUGACAGGCGAGGCCCCGAUAAACCUUGGUGCGCUCGUCACAAAGCGGUUGUCGGUCCGCGGCUGGCCGAGCGGCGUCGCGCCAGACAGCGAGGACUGCGUCAAGUUCGCGAAGGUGCACGGCAUCAGGACGAUGGUGCAGAAGUUCCCGCUCGAGAAGGCUGAAGAGGCGUACAACCACCGCAGCACGGCGCGCUUCCGUGCCGUUAUCAUACCGUGA